ACCUUGAGUGUCAGUUCCAUAAUGGCUGAAGAUCCUGGAGGAGCUUUCUUUAAUUUCACCCUCAUUUUUAUCGGGUUUUCUUUACCUCUGCUAGAAAGAUGGCAGGGCACACAGCCUCGAUAAACGGCCACAGACCCUCGCUCUCGUCAUGCCCAAGAAAGGGAACCGAAAACGGCUGAAAUUCAAAGCCGAGGAUGUUUGCUCGGAGUCAGUAACUGUGGCUGACUAUGCCAACGCUGAUCCAGCCAUCGUGAAGUCAGGAAGAGUUAAAAAGGCGGUUGUUAAUGCAAUUGAAAAAGAAGUGAAAUUACUCUGUGGACUCGAGGCAUCACAGGGUCCUGUGCAGGAGGUCCUCUCAUCUGCAGUCGGUGUGAGUAACGCAGUUCAUGAGAGCAGUGACGAACUGGACUCAGAGGAAGGGGAUGAAAUCAGAGGGUCCAGCAAAAAAAAAACAAAAGAUGCAAAGAACACAGUGAAAACGUAGAUGGAGAGGAGUAUCCCAUUGAUAUUUGGCUUGUGCUUGCUGCAUACAUUCGUCCAGAAGAUGUCUGCAGAUUCUCUUUGAUCUGCAAGAAUGCGUGGACUGCCACAUGCACUGCUGCA